AUGUGGACUACGGCCCAUUUGAUAGCUCUUUGUACCAUUUUAUUUUCAGACCGUGAUAACCGGUCAAUCCUGAUCACCGGAGAAUCUGGUGCUGGGAAGACUGUGAACACCAAGCGUGUCAUCCCGUACUUUGCAAUAAUUGUAGUUGCUGGGGAGAAGAAGAAAGAUCAGCAGCCCAGCAAAAUGCAGGGAACGCUGGAGGAUCAAAUCAUCCAGGCCAACCCGCUCCUGGAGGCCUUUGGCAAUGCCAAGACAGUGAGGAACGACAACUCCUCGCGCUUUGGCAAAUUCAUCCGGAUCCACUUUGGGACCACAGGGAAGCUGGCUUCAGCAGAUAUUGAAACUUAUCUCCUGGAGAAAUCCCGGGUAACAUUUCAGUUGGCUAGUGAAAGGCGCUAUCAUAUUUUUUACCAGAUAAUGUCCAGUAAGAAGCCUGAGCUCAUUGAUCUGCUUCUCAUUUCCACCAACCUCUACGACUUCCCCUAUGUGAGCCAGGGUGAACUCACUGUCGCCAGCAUCGAUGACAGUGAGGAGCUGAUGGCUACAGAUAGUGCCAUUGAAAUCCUGGGCUUCAACCCUGAGGAGAAGGUGGGAAUCUACAAGAUGACAGGGGCAGUCAUGCACUAUGGGAACUUAAAGUUCAAGCAGAAGCAACGAGAGGAGCAGGCGGAGCCGGAUGGCACAGAAGGUAGAGCUGUCAGGCAGUGCGGCACCUGGGUUGACAUACUCUGGGGGAAUGUUCGCAGCAACGUUCCCCGCCUGCUGUCAGCAGGGGCCAUGAGGAAUGCCUUUCCUCUCACCUAG